AUGAGUCCGCGCGGUGGCGCUGCGUCUCCAACGAGGGUUGAGUUUUCCCUUCGGAGCUCGGGGGACAGGAGGCUUCUAGGGACCCUUAGAGCAGCGAGACGCGGCGGUGUGGCCGCGUCCGUCCGCCGGCCGUGGAGUUAUCUCCUCUCCCGCGUGGGCACUCGGCCCAGGAGAAGCAGGCCCCAAGUCCCCAUCCCACCCCCACCCCGUCUGCCCGGAAGGCGGGACCGGCGAGGGCGGCAGCUGGAGAGCCGGGAGCCCCGGAAUCGAUACCAGCCCUUAGCCCUUGGUGGUGUAGUGGGAAGAGCACCCGAAGCUCUCCCAGCUGUCAUCCUGGCCCUUCUUUGCUUGGACGGUGUCUUCCUCUCCGCAGCCGAAAAUGACUUUGUCCACCACAUUCGGGAGGAGCUCGACCGCUUUCUGCUGCAGAAGCAGCUGUCUAAGGUGCUUCUUUUCCCCCCACUCUCCAGUCGCCUCCGGUACCUGAUCCAUAGAACAGCAGAGAAUUUUGAUCUCUUGAGCAGCUUCUCUGUUGGGGAAGGCUGGAGGAGAAGGACAGUCAUCUGUCACCUGGACAUCAGGCUGCCCAAUUCAGAUGGCCUCUCUGGCCCAUGCCGCCCUCCUGGCUCCCACCCUGGCAAGUAUCGUGGUUCUCGGCCUAACUCAAACCAGGGAUCGGCUGCUGGUCCCCGAGGGUCACGGGCUGGCCAGUGGCAUCGUGGACGCAAGCCAGACCAGGCUUUGUAUGUGCCUCGGAUGCUGCGCAGGCAGGAAGAAGGGCCACCGACCCCUGCCUCAGGGCUCAGGGCAGAGGCUCCAGCUGGCGGUGCCCCAGAGGAGCCUGGAGAUGCUGGUGCUGGGGACCCCAACUCUGAUCAGGGACUCCCUGUGUUGAUGAUCCAGGCAACCAAGGACCAAAAGGGCCUGGGCCAAAGUUGUAAGAAUGAGUCACUGUUGGACCCCGUUGACGCAGUGGCCUCAGGGCCUGAGAGUCACUCAGGAGAAGGAGAUGGCUUGGAGGUAGCCAAACUGCUUGGGUCCAGCCUGCAGCUAAACCAGGUAGAGGGGGAUGAGAUUCAACUGGAGAAGAGCAUGGCAGCAGAAGAGGAGGAAGAGGAAGAGGUGGAAGAGGAGGGUCGUGGCAGCUGCUCAGAGGACGAUUAUAAUGAGCUGCUGCAGGAGAUAACAGACAACCUGACUGAGAAGGAGAUUGAGAUAGAGAAGAUCUUGGUGGACACAGCCUCCUUUGUAGAGGAGCUGCCUGGAGAGAAGGACUUGGGCCAUGUGGUGGAGAUCUACGGCUUUGAGCCCGCACUCAAGACAGAAGACCUGCUGGCAGUCUUUUCUGAUUUCCAAGAUAAGGGCUUCAAGAUCCAGUGGGUGGAUGACACGCAUGCUCUUGGCAUCUUUCCCUGCCUGGCCUCAGCUGCUGAAGCGCUGUCCAGGGACUUGUCGGUGCUCAAGAUCCGACCCCUCACACAGGGAACCAAACAGUCAAAGCUCAAAGCCUUGCAGAGGCCAAAGCUCCUGCAGCUGUCCAAGGAGAGACCACAGACGAACACGGCGGUGGCCCGGAGGCUGGUAGCCCGGGCCCUGGGACUCCAACACAAAAAGAAAGAGCGGCCUGGGGUGGAGCAUCUGCCCUGA